AUGUAUUCCAUCUCGUAUGUCUCGGGAACGCAGCUCGUGACGAGCCUGAGCGAAGUCGACGACUUUUGCGCCGAGAAGCAGGCCCCACGCCGCUGGCUGUCCAAGCGCCUCCUUGGCCUCGUCACCGCGCUCGUUCUAGUCGCCAUCAUUGUUGGCGUCGUCACUACAUGUUCCGCCACGCAGGACGUGACCAACGCCACCGAGCUCCGCUUGGGCGCGACGGCCCUUGACAUGGCGAUUGGCUACGAUACGUACCAAGCCGACCAGAUUGACGCGCAUUUUGCGAAGAUCGCGACGCGCUUCUCGGGCGUCCGGUCGUUCCAGACGUGGCUGCCCAACAACGACAACGUCAUUGCCGCCGCUGCGCGCCACGACCUCGUUGUCUACGCUGGCAUUUGGCUGCGCGGAGGAGGCGUCUACGCCCGCGACGUCCAAGCCGCGAUCGACGGCGCGUGGCGACACCCGGGUACGGUCAAAGCGGUCUUUGUUGGCAACGAAGAACUUUCUAACGGCUGGAGCCCCGACCAGCUCAUUCGCACAAUCAACGACGUGCGCGCCAAGUUCAACGCGGCGGGGCUCGGCCACAUUCGACUUGGGACGGUGCAGAUCGACGGUGACCUCUUGAAGUACCCGCAGGUGGCCGACGUCUGCGACAUCGUAGGUGCCAACAUGCACGCCUUCUUUUCGAGCGCACCGUACUCGAAUACCGACCCAAUGCGCGACACCCGAGCGCGCUGGGACGCCAUUGUCGCUAAAUUCGGCACCAAGGCCAUCAUUACCGAGGUUGGGUGGCCCUUCGCGGGUGGCAGCUACGGCUCGCACGUGGCAUCGUACGAGAUGGGCGUCUCGUACUUUAACGCGUUUAGCGACUGGGUGCGCCAAGGCAAUGGCGGGCCACUCCCUGCGUACUUUAUGUUUCACAACAACCCGUCCAAAAUUGGGUUCGAAGCCCACUUUGGCCUCGCUGAUGCCAACGCCAACUGGAUUACGAGUCCGGACGACAUCCAGUUUUUGCUACAAACCGCGACGGGCACAGUCAUCUACGAGAUGCACAAGAGCCUCUUUGCGUACGUCGAGUCGCCGUGCGCCAACGAACGCUGGCGCUUCAACCGCACAACGAACCAGAUCGUCUCCAUCUCGAGCGGGCAGUGUCUGGACGCGUACUUUGCCAACGCCAGAUUCUACGUGCACGUCUGGCCCUGCGACGCCUCGAACCAAAAUCAACUGUGGACCAUCGAUGCAACGAGCAACACCAUCAAGCACCGUGUUCACAACAAUCUCUGUCUCGACGUCGACCCGACCAAAGCCGACGCGUCCGUGCAGGUGUGGAGCUGCCACGGCGGAAGCAACCAGCAGAUCCGCGUGGUCCUCGACCUCCCGCACCUCGGACUGCAAUCGCAACAAACAAAGUCGGUGCUCGUCGGCAGCAACGACCGCAUCGCGUUUCGAAAUGCCAACCGCGAUGCCAGCGCCGCGUGGACCUUUCUUCAGAGCAAACACAUGCUCUUGCACGAGGCGAGCGGUAUGUGCCUCGACGGCUACGAGUUCAAGAACGGCGGCGCGGUGCAUCUCUGGCGCUGCGACGCGACCAACGGCAAUCAAAAAUGGAUCUACGACAGCAAUACGCUUCAGCUGCGCCAUGGAACGCGCCCCGAAUUUUGCCUCGACGUUGGCGUGGGUGCGUCCCCCUACCUCUAUGCGUGUCAUGGCAAGAACGACCCAUACAUCUCGUUCCAGCAGUUUGCGCUCGUGCCGUAGUGCGUACUAGUAGUCCGUGCAAGUUUAAUGUUUUGUGCAUAAUUACACGUGCUAAGUAGAAAUACAAACAAGUACACUAGCUCAUAGU